AUGUCGAGUGAUGAAGAUGAGAUGCGGCAGCUGCGUGCCACCAGCAGCUAUGCUGCUGCUGCUAAAGAUCGACAACAGCAGCAGGAACAACAACAACGCCGCGGUGCUGCAGCAGCAGCAGCAGCAGCAAGAGCUAGAGCAGCAGCAGCAGCAGCAGCUGACAGCAGCAGCGAAGACGAUAGUUAUGGCCCCAGGCCUUUAAGUACAUCUGCCCAGAGGAGACGCAGCAGCAGCAGCGAUGAUGACGACAGCCGCAAGCAGCAGCAGCAGCAGCAACGUCGGCAUCAGCAGCAGCAAUCAGCAGCAGCAGCAGCAGCAGCAGCAACAUAG